AUGGCUGACUGUUUUGUUGAUGCUUUGUUUCAUAUACAAAUUCUAGUGAAAACUGACACUCACUUAUUAGCCCAAUUUUACUAUGCUGAUGAAGAUUUGAAUGUGGUUGCCUUGGAGCUAGAUAGCUUUGAUGGGAGAAAGGACCCAGAAAGAUGUACAUCACUUGUCAAUCAACUCAGAAGUUGUCAAGAUAAAGUACUAGGAAUAAUAACACAAAUAAUGGCUAUAGCGAUUCCAAUGCACACAGCCAAUAGAGACUUUAGAGUUAAGUUUCCUGAUGAUGUACUUCAAGAUACACUGGCAGGGCAGCUCUGGUUUGGUGCUGAGUGUCUAGCUGCUGGUUCUACAAUCAUGAAUCGGGAGGAAGAAAGUGCCACUCUACGACCGCUUGCUAAGGAUGUUAUUAAAAGUUUAGAUGUCUUGAGGACAACUCUUAGAGAUCAGUGUUUAAGAAAUUUAAAUGUUUACACAGAUAAGAUUAAAGAUGUGUUGAUAAAAUUUGACCAGAUUUUUGCUGAUUUUGAAUAUAGCUAUGUCAGUGCAAUGGUGCCAGUAAAAACAGCAAGAGAUUAUGAAACUCAACAAGAAGUGGUUGUUUUAUUCUGUGAAACUAUAGAAAGAGCUUUAAAUUCUCAUUUACUCACACACAAGAACAGUUAGAUGCAUGUGAACCAGCU